AUGCCCACCUACAAUCCCACGCAUCACAAAAUACCCACCUACAAUCCCACGCAUCACAAAAUACCCACCUACAAUCCCACGCAUCACAAAAUACCCACCUACAAUCCCACGCAUCACAAAAUACCAACCUACAAUCCCACGCAUCACAAAAUACCCACCUACAAUCCCACGCAUCACAAAAUACCCACCUACAAUCCCACGCAUCACAAAAUACCCACCUACAAUCCCACGCAUCACAAAAUACCCACCUACAAUCCCACGCAUCACAAAAUACCCACCUACAAUCCCACGCAUCACAAAAUACCCACCUACAAUCCCACGCAUCACAAAAUACCCACCUACAAUCCCACGCAUCACAAAAUACCCACCUACAAUCCCACGCAUCACAAAAUACCCACCUACAAUCCCACGCAUCACAAAAUACCCACCUACAAUCCCACGCAUCACAAAAUACCCACCUACAAUCCCACGCAUCACAAAAUACCCACCUACAAUCCCACGCAUCACAAAAUACCCACCUACAAUCCCACGCAUCACAAAAUACCCACCUACAAUCCCACGCAUCACAAAAUACCCACCUACAAUCCCACGCAUCACAAAAUACCCACCUACAAUCCCACGCAUCACAAAAUACCCACCUACAAUCCCACGCAUCACAAAAUACCCACCUACAAUCCCACGCAUCACAAAAUACCCACCUACAAUCCCACGCAUCACAAAAUACCCACCUACAAUCCCACGCAUCACAAAAUACCCACCUACAAUCACACGCAUCAGAAAAUACCCACCUACAAUCCCACGCAUCACAAAAUACCCACCUACAAUCCCACGCAUCACAAAAUACCCACCUACAAUCCCACGCAUCACAAAAUACCCACCUACAAUCCCACGCAUCACAAAAUACCCACCUACAAUCCCACGCAUCACAAAAUACCCACCUACAAUCCCACGCAUCACAAAAUACCCACCUACAAUCCCACGCAUCACAAAAUACCCACCUACAAUCCCACGCAUCACAAAAUACCCACCUACAAUCCCACGCAUCACAAAAUACCCACCUACAAUCCCACGCAUCACAAAAUACCCACCUACAAUCCCACGCAUCACAAAAUACCCACCUACAAUCCCACGCAUCACAAAAUACCCACCUACAAUCCCACGCAUCACAAAAUACCCACCUACAAUCCCACGCAUCACAAAAUACCCACCUACAAUCCCACGCAUCACAAAAUACCCACCUACAAUCCCACGCAUCACAAAAUACCCACCUACAAUCACACGCAUCAGAAAUACCCACCUACAAUCCCACGCAUCACAAAAUACCCACCUACAAUCCCACGCAUCACAAAAUACCCACCUACAAUCCCACGCAUCACAAAAUACCCACCUACAAUCCCACGCAUCACAAAAUACCCACCUACAAUCACAUGCAUCAGAAAAUUUCCAUCUUGGGCCAGAACCGCCUUGUAUAUUACACACUCCUAUCAAUACACCACCCACAUCCCCGCCUUUCUGGCCGCAGGCUGUUUAAUGCAAAGACUCCUGACCUAUUUCCCUACCAUGCCUACUUUUAACAUUGUGGACUGA